AUGCUGUUGUCCAAGCAGUCUCAACCGUUGGUGGAGCCACAACAGCCGUCUACCAGUGCACUGGGUUCGCAUGAGGACUCGCCAUUCAGGUUGCUGGCCACAGACUCCAUCAUGCGUGUACUAGGCCUAGACGAUCAUUAUGCUCGCAGCCUUGUUCAGUUAGAGCGAGCGAAUCUCCUGGUCAGCACGGCCACUCCAUCGCGGAUGUUCUUCAUAUCGCACGACCAAAUCACAGACGCUUUGGCGGCUUUCUCGGAUCGAGUUCAUUGCUAUUACCCCAUACUUCCUCUCAACUUUUCUGAGACCGAACUCAGCGUCCAGCUCGACGUCGCCAAAAGCGACAUCUGGAACCUAGACGAGUAUAUCCCGCUUCCCAACUGCCGCCGCACCUGGCAAUUCCCAACCCCACAGGCACCCAGUACUCUCGUUGGUGUCUCCCCGGCAAGCGUCCACUCUACGGACAGCACGAGCACAACAGCAGACCAGGCACAAUCCUUCUUCCUCGCGGAGAUCGCCAUGCGCCGCAUGCUCCACCGCUGUAACUCGGCCGUCACGCGCUCGCCAGAUGGCCGGCUUAGCUACGCACCCAGUAUCGCCCUCGAGCUCGAAAGACAACUGGACGAGUGGUACGACUAUCUCCCCGCGAACAUCCGGUUCGCUAAAGCGCCUGAUCAGCUAUGUGCUGACCGGUUCGGCUCGCUGUCGAAUUUCCUGAAUGUUCAGUAUUACUGCUGCAAAUUAUCGAUUUAUUGGCCUGCCGUCUACCAGGCUGUACAGGAUAAUGCCGCCAGCACCCAGCUCCUGGAUCACUGCCAGCGGUUUAUCGAUUCCUAUGUUCAGCUUCUGCCGCGGAUCGCGUUUGCGGUUGACGAUUGCUUAAUAUACAAAUGGACACUUUCCGUCAGUUUCUUCACCACCACGAUGGCUGCUCUCAAAGUGGCAGGUACUCCCUGUCUCGCCGGUGCCAGCCGUGAGCAGCUACGCGAAUGUCUUGCGUCGGCUGUAGCGGGGGACUGGAAAGGUAUACAAGGUAGUCCUUCGCUCGAGCUAUUGCAACAUACUUUGAAAUCAUGUCUGCAAGUGGUCAAGUACUGA